AUGGAAAAAUCAACAUACUAUCAAAGAGAAAACAGACAACCUUCUUUAUCAAGUCAGAAUAGUUUUGAUGAUGGUUAUAAUUCUAAAGAGUUAAAUUCUGAAAAUUAUAAUUCACCUUCUACUUCACGUUUUAGACGAAAAGAAUCAUAUUCAUCGGAGAGAGAAAAUCGAUUUUUGACGGGUUUAAAAAAUCCAUCAUCUAAUCGUGAACAUUCCAAUAGUUCAUUUAUUCCAAAAGGAAAAAAGACGACAUAUCCGAACAAUGAUGAUUCAUACCAAUCUGAGUACAUAGACCCAAAUCGUGAAAAUGAGUUAAGAACAGAGCUGCAGCGUAAAUUUUAUUAUUUUUUCGAAGAACCUAAAACAUUCUGGGCGAAGGCUUUUUCUGCAUUCUCUUUAUUUCUAUCCUUAUUGGUAAUAUUAAUAAUUUGUGUGGAAAGUUUACCUUCUACUUGGCCUUGGACUACUCGAGAAAAUUAUCUUCGCAUAUGGCUGCCUCUUGAUGCUAUUACCAUUAUCACAUUUUCGGUAGAUUAUGGUGGAAGACUUUAUGCUUCGAUAAAUAGGGUAUAUUAUAAUGAAUUAAGUCUUACACUUCGAAUCUUCCGAGCGCUUCGAUUUCUUAGGAUUUUGAGAUUGUUUAGAAUUUCAAAACAUGCUUUAGGAUAUAAUGUAAAUUAUGCAAUAGCAUACAGGGUAUUUCGUCGUUCAGCAUAUCAACUUUUUGUGGUUCUUAUUUAUGUGUUAUUGAUUAUAUUAUCUUCCUCAGCAUUAUUGUGGAUCAUUGAACGUGGUACAUUUGAUUUAAGUGAUAAUACUUAUUAUCGUAUUAAUGAACAAGGUCAACGUGAAAAAAGUCCAUUUCAAUCAAUAAUUCAUAGUUUUUGGUGGUCAAUAGUUACUUUAACUACUACAGGUUAUGGUGAUUAUAUUCCUGCAUCACCAAUUGGUAAAGUAAUUGCCGCAUUAACUAUGACUUGUGGAAUUAUGGUAAUAGCUUUACCUACUUCCAUUAUUGGAUCAAAUUUCAUGGCGGAAUGGCAAGAACGAAGAAGAAUUCGAUUUCAAAGGAGAUUUCGUAAUACACAAGAACAAUAUGGUACAAUUUAUGAUAAUUAUCAAUUGAGCAAAAGUAAAAGAUUAAAACAAUUUAAAGAAAAUAAUCAAAUAUUACAUAAGACGAUUAAUGACAUUCAAGAACAUUUAGCUGAUAUUAAUCCACCAAGAUAUUAUAAAAGAUACAAGGAACUUCAACUAAAAUAUAUUAAAGCACUGGAAAAAAUUAAAGAAUUUGAAGAUAAGGAAGCAAAAUAUAAACGUUUUAACAAAAAUCUUGAACCAAAAACUACUUCAAAUAUUGAACUUGACAAACAAUUUAAUGAUUCUACAAAAAAUUUUGGUAAAAAAAUAAAAGAUAUACCAAGAAAAAUAAGAAAUUCUACAAUUCGAAAAUUAAAGAUUGGUUCAUCGCGAGAUCCUAUAGAUAAAAAUAUGAUAAAAAUUAGUCUACCAAAAGAAAUAUUCAAAAAUUAUAACCUUAUUUCAGACUCGACGUAUGAUAUAUCUAAUAAUAAUUCAAUAAUGAGAAGACGUAGAUCAAGUCUUCCCUCAAUUUCUUUUGGUUCUCUUCCCAUUACUAAUCAUACAAAGCCUGAAGAUAAUUUAAAGAAUAUUAAAGAAAAAAAUGAAUCAUUAACAGGCGAGAGUGAGAAUAAUAAUAAUGGUUGGAAUAGUGUUGGUGGUAGUAAUAGUAGUAAUAAAAAUUAUAGAAAUUAUAGUGAAAAGGAAGAAAACAAUGAAUAUAAAUCAUUAGAACAAGAAAUCCUAAAUUUAGAACAAAUUAAAGAUCGAAUUAUACAAAGAAGAUGUCGAGAGAAAGCAUCAUUUGAAGUGAAAAUGGAUUCAAUACUUAAAACUAUUAUGAUGAUUGAAUCGAGAAUUGAAGAAUUAGAACAACAAAUUUCAAGAGAAAGAAUUAGAUUAAAUAUUUUGGGUAAUGGUGGAGAUCAGUAUUUAUCUAAUCUAACAAAUAUUGCGGUGAUUGCAAAGUAA